AUGGCAUCCACUCCCUCGAAUCGCCAUCUCAAAUUGGCAUCCUCAAACCCUCAAUCCACCUCGCCAAACUCCAGAUUUCCGAGCCGAGGAAAGGCCCAGGAGCCGUGCUUGUUUCUGAAGAGAGUGAUUGGUACGACUUGCACCUCGCCCACCGGCUUUGACUCGGUCGAGCAAAGCUUUUGCUAUAUAGCAGGAGGAGCUGUUGUGGUGGCGGACAUCGACGGCAACAAAUACAGUCAACGUUUCUACCGUGCCCGACCUGCAGCAGUACCUGUAUUUAGCGUCGCCCCGGUUCAACACGGCUCCUCUGGCCCUUACGCAACUCCUAAGGCGAACGAUGCAAGGAACAGGGUAGCAGCCGCUCCGCGAGACUCCUCCUACUCAUCACCGUCCGAUUGGGGCGACUCACCGGCGGCGAAAACAUGGACCAGUCGCGAACGCAUCAAGGCUGCGACAUGCGUAUCCUUGAGCAGGGACGGAAGAUUUCUGGCUGUCGGCGAGACGGGUUAUUCUCCCAGGGUCCUCAUCUUCACUUUAAAGGAAGGCUCGUCUUCUGAUCAGCCUCUGGUUUCGAUAAAUGAGCACGCCUUCGGUGUACGAGCGGUGGCAUGGUCUCCGGAUGGCAAGUUCCUCGCCUCCCUCGGCGAUCCUAAUGAUGGCUUCCUCUUCAUCUGGAAGAUCGAUCCGAGGACUGGAUCUGCUAGACUGUUCCAACAAAAUCGCUGCACGGCCCAAGUCAAUGGGAUGAUAUGGCUAGGCAGCACGGUGAUAACUUUUGGGACUCGACAUGUGAAGGCCUGGAAAGUGGUCGAUGAGGUACAGCGACCACCCUCGCCCCCGAAGAGGACCCUGACACCACAAGAAGCCCAAAAGACUUUGAUUGGAAGAAAUGUCUUGCUUGGGUCUUUGCUGGAGGCCAGCUUCACUUGCGCAAUACCCUUCGACGAGACUCACGCGCUCCUUUGCUCCGAUGCUGGCGACGUGUGUGUUCUGGACGACAGUAGUGGGCAGAUAAAGCUUACACGAGCAGCCGAGACGGGGUUCUCCGUCACUUGUUGCACGAGACGUGGCUCAGUCGCACUGCUGGGUGGCAAGGAUGGCCAGUUUGUCACCCUCGACGUUAAGACACUCAAUGCUGAGGCUGCGCCGACUUCUGCACCCAGUCUCGCCAAGGGGGAAUCAGGCUUGAGCGGAUUCGCCGUCAUGGGCGUUGUACAAGACCAGCUUGUGACGAUAGACUCAGAGCGGUCCAUUGAGAUCUGGGAGGCAAACCACCUGCCCUGCAAGUCUGCCCAGGCGUCGACACCGAUCAGGCUUGCAGGACAGAACGAUCCUGUGCUUGGCGUUCAACCACUCACCGCGUCUGACGAGAUGGAACUUGCCUUUUUCACCUGGUCAAAGGCUGGAAAAGUCCUUCUUUGGGACCUGGAUGGCAUAGUCAAGCACAGUUUUGACAUCCCUGUGAACGAAUGUCAUUUGAGCAAUGAUAUGGACCCACAGAACCAGUUGUGCGUUGUAAAGGCGGACGCCAGUGGACGUAUUUUUGCUUCUGGCGAUAGGGCGGGCAUACUUCGAGUAACAGACCGCUCAACAGGUCAACAACUCCUGGAGACCAAGGCUCAUUCAUCCGAAAUAACGCACAUCGCUUUCCAAAGCGAUGCUUCGAAGGCCAUUGUCGCUACGUGCGGACGAGAUCGCACUGUCCAAAUCUUCCAGCGGUUGUCUAAUGGCUCAUUCGAUCUCUUGCAGACGCUGGAGUUCCCGGCCAGAGUGACCCACCUGAUAUUGUCCUCAGAUGACAGAGUUAUUACUUGCUCCCAGGAUCGCAAUAUCCAGGUCCACGAGCUGGUCAGCAAGCAAGGAGACGCAGACUCUUUAGCGGCAAUUUACUGCCGGUCUAUCUCGCUCAAGGCAUCCCCCGUCUCCAUGGUGUUGGAUUCCGACUGCAGAUCGAUCUUUGUGUCCAGCCUGGAUCGGUCUAUUGGUCGCUUCGAGCUUGAUAGUGGCCGGCAAAUGAGCACAUUCAAAUGCACAGAUGAGAACGCCACCGAGAAUGCCGUGGUGGACUCGCUCGUUUUUGGCCAGUCCAGAGGUGACGAGAUCCCCACUGUUCUCGGGAUAUCCAACACAGACAAGUCUGUCAGGGUGUAUGAUUCUCAAAGUGGGGUUUUCAUGGACCGUGAAUGGGGCCACACGGAGUCGAUCAAUGGUGUCACGUUAGUGGACAAUGGAGAGGCAACCCGCAAAGUCGUCAGUGCCUUCUUCUUCGGGAGGCCGGCGAUCACCGCCCAGAUCACUUCGUCAUCGAAAAUCUCGACAAAACAUAUCCUCAUCCUCAGUCAAGACACCGACCAGUCUGGCGAACCCCCGUCGCCAGAGAGCCCGGCAACGUCACGUCUUACAAGAAGGCCAUCUCUUCCAGCUCUCGGCGCCACUCCAUCUCACCCCACGGCGCGGAAGAAGUCCAGCGCGAUUAGCCUGCGUUCGUCUUAUGGAGCCGGCUCCCUGCAAACGGCAACCGAGCAGACUUGCCGACAAUUGCGCACAUACCGCAGUAAGUUGUCGUCUGCUGAGCCAAUCUCGUUCGAGAUGAUGUCAGAGCUCGAGAACGAGCUGCGCCUGACGGCUACCGCCCUGGGCGACAGGGUGAGCAGAGACAAGCAGUCCGUCAGUGAGUCCGUGCUGAGCGGGCUGCUUGACCAGUACAGCGAGAGGCUGGUCAGCAUGCUUGACGAGCGGCUGAGGCUGCGGCUGUCCGAGGCCCAGUUCAACGGGGGCUGGGGCGGCAGGAGUGGGGAGAACAGCCCUACUCUUUUGACGCCUUCGAGUACUUUCGAUAUUGAGCGCGUGCGGCCGCGGACAGCUGGCGAGGGGGCGAGGAAGGCCUCGGGUUGA